CUGUGCUGACAAAAGUAGACAACAUUUCUCUCAUAGCAUUCGAUACAAAGUAAAACAUAAACUUCUGUGUGAAUAUCUGCCAAAUUGGACAACACUGUAUGGUGUGUGGUUGAAACACCUAACUCCUGGAUAUGGCAGGGCUCUGUGGUCUCAAGAUCCUGCUGCUCUGGAUCGAGAUCAUCAGUUUAGCCAACUGUCAAGACAGUAGUGGUGAAACUGGAAAUGGAAAUGGACCAGAAAAUUCAAACCCCUCACCUCCACACACCACAGCAGUUUCCACUUCACCUUCGCUUUCCACUGUGUCUGUCAUCUCCUCACCUGCAAGCACGGCAGCAAAAUCUACUUCACCCUCAGUACCCAUUGUAUCUAUCACCCCCUCACCUCCACACACCACGGCAGCAGCUCCUGCCAUGUCUUCAGACACUCCAACUGCUGCCGCCCAACCUCCACUCAUCUCGUCAGCCCCCACCUCAGUCUCCACAAAUCAGACAAACAAUUCAACUACCAUGUCUGCCACUCCUACCACACACCCAAACAAAACCAACAUCCAAACAGACUCUGACAACAAGACCUCACCUGCAGUCACCCAGCUCAACACCACAGUGACUCCUACCACCCAAGCUCCUCCAACCACUCCAGCUCCACCUCCACAGUGUUCUUACACUGUAACACCCAUCAAGUUUGGCUUCCAGAUUAACAUUACAAGCUCUACCACUGGUAACUACAACAUAACCAUUAAUGAAGAAGGCCGACCAGAUACUGAAAACAAAUCCAUGGUUCAGCACUCCAGUCAAAACUCAUCACAUGAAAUCAAACACCUGAAACCCUGUACUGAAUACGAGCACUCUGUGACAUUCAUUGAUACUAGUGCUGGCAGAGAAAACAUCCACUGUAACAGCACUGAAAAGGAUAAUAAAACAACAACAAUUGAAAUGAGUAAAGACGACAUUAAAGAUGCCACCAGCUGCAUCCCUGGAUAUGUUUGUUACCAAACUGAUUGGAACAUCACCUCUUUACAAUCAACACCAAAUAAGAUUCAAGAUGAGCGAUGUGGCAGUAAAACACUCUGUGUCAAACUUGGUUACAAUGACAUUUGCACAGAUUUUACUACAACUAUCACAUCAGAAACCUGUGGAAACUCUUCCUUUAACUUCACCAAAAACAUCUCUAUAGAUUUCUUGAAUGUAAGUGAAAUAAAUCAGACUGCUCCCACUGAACUUCCUGCAAAAAUAAACACAACAUUACCUCCAAACUGUAAAAGCCUCUCCAUUGAUUACAGCUGUCGGGAACGUGGCAGAGUCAAUGAGUCUAAGAAACUGUCUGAGCUGGAACCUUUCACAGACUACAACUGUACUGGUCAGAUCAAGGACAACGAUGGCACCGUAAAAAAAACCACAGCUCCUGUUCACAUCUACAUUAAAUGUGAUUUUGAUAUCAACACAAAGAAAAGCUCAACCAAUACAUCCAUUGAGUUGAGUUCGACCACAACCAGUAAGAACUGUCAACAGGUCCCUCAAAACCUUUUAUACAACUGCAGUUGUAGCCGUCAUCCCCCUGGUUACAAGAUUACAGCUAACAACCAUCCACCAGGAGGAACAUGUCAUGUUACUGGACUACAACCAUACACUAAUUACACCUGUGAAGUCCAACCCAUCUAUAACAACAAGAGAGUUCCCGAAUCAAAAUCAUAUUCAGUUACAGAGAAAACUAAGAGUGGAAUACCAGAUCCUGUUACUAACCUGAAGGUGACAGUUCCAGAGCAUAAUGUGAUUCAUGUAAAAUGUGAUCAUUCUAAAAACUCUAAAGGACCUGAAAAUAAAUGCAGAGUGCGACUUAUUACUGGUGGAGUCAUUGUGGAUAAGACUGACACACCAAAUUCUAACCUUGAAUUCAGAGAUCUGAGCUACUCUACGACCUACACAGUGAAGGUGACUGUUUUUAAUGGAGACUUUGAGAGUGAGCCCAAGACAGACACAGUUCACACUCAGUAUAAUGACAAAGCUGUCAUCGGGUUUUUCAUCUUCCUCAUCAUCCUCAUCAUAUCUGUUGUGGUGGCUGUGGUCGUCUACAAGCUGUACAUUAAGAAGCGCAAAGAGUCCAGAAAUGGUGUGAAUGAAGGUGUGACGCUUGAAUCAACAGCAAUUUAUAUGAAUGUACCACCUCGUGAAUGGCAUCAUAAAGAAACUCACUGAUGAGGAAGAGUCUAAUGGAGCUGCAAACCAAAUCAACAUUUCUUCUUUACCCUGCUUAGUUAUUAGAAUGUCCAGUGUGUAAUCAGUCUGUCUUCAGUUUUAUAGUUUAUAUAAAACUUUGAAUUAACCACUUGUUAUUAGCGAAAAUCUCUAAUACUGUGUUUGGUUUAACCAAUUAAACUUUUUGGUAUUUUUUUCACUUUGUUGCAUGUAAGGGUUUUAACAUACUUUUUAUUGCUUAAAUUGCAACAUAUAUAUUUUAUCACUUUAGAUUGCAACAGUCUUUUUCUUAUGUAUGUUUUCAACCACUUUGAGAGCCUGCUAAAUAAAGUUACACCAACUAAAUCCAAACCACAUACAAA